AUGAGCGGCUCCCUGACGACAGUUGGAACUGCACCCGGCCAUCGACCAGUUGCACCUGCUCUAUCCAAUACAUUGGAUUCUGAAAAUCAACUUCGACCCUUUCUUCCCAGAAGUGCCCUCAGCAUGGCUUCCCAAACAGAUGUAUCUCAAGCUUUUACGCCAGACGCCAUUACCGAGUCUGAGCGAACGACAAUCCAUUGGCUUCCCAACGAGACGCUCGAUACGAUUCUCUCGAACCUUGUCCAACCUGAAAUCAUCCUUUUCAACAGUCCCAACGAUCCUGCCUUCCUGCAUCGCCAGACCUCAAUCUUUCCGAUCAGACUUGUGUCCCAUCGAUUUAAGAGUCUAGUUGAUACCGUGUUGGCGCAGAAUUAUCCACGGGACAUCUGGGUAGUGGGGGCACUUCCCAUCGACGACACCAGCCAGCUACAGUCAAUAUGUCUGGAGUAUAUGACCGGCCUGCGCACCAUGCUGGCUCCACUUCUCCGAAGCAAGAUGCCAUUCAAUAUCAGAGUUCAUCUGCUUCCAGAACUCUUUAGCAUGCGCGCAGAGAUCAACUGGGAGCUCGGCCCUGUGACGUCGACCUUUCUCGAUGGUAGUCGACCUGGUUUCAAGGAUGGUUGCACUGCUGCCAGAACUAUGGCUGGGCAUUAUCUCGCAGCAAUAACGUUGUCACAUAUGCUACGCAGAAUCCUUGAAGAGGACGAUGGUGCUGUCAAAAGAGCCACAAUGCGUCUCAUGUUACAUGAAGUGGACGGAAGCACGUCAGAAAUCUCCCAACUUUCGGCGGAGGACCCUCGGCGGGAGACUACUUUUCUGCCAUUCUGGGACAUUGACGCCGUCUCCGGAGUUGUAGCCCAUUGGAAAUGGAUUCGGCAGGCAGCCAGGAAUUCAAAUCCUCAGCUGGGCGAGUUCAUGACGCUUCCUGUUAUUGCGUGGCCAACAUUGGCUGGAAUCACUCCUGAGCACGUUCUUGAGAAAAGCUACGUUGAUAUAAUGGAAGCUUGGAGAUACGGCCGUGUUGAAGAGUUCACAGAUACCGUGGUCAAAUUCCGAAUCUCCGGAUCCAAGUUGAAAAUUCGUUGUCCUAGCAAUGACAUGCUUGCAUUGUGGCUCACCACACUCAGCAUCCGCAUGGUGGGUAUUCGAUGUUUUGCUAUUCGAGGGAUGGGCAUCUUCAGCCCUGGCGAUAGCCGUCUCCGUGCGGUUCUUCUGGAGAGACCCAUGUCACUGCUCAACGCCCCCUGA